AUAAAGUCAUAAACAUAACUCUUUUUCUUUUCUUUGUCAACACUCUCUCUCCCCUCUUUAUUCUCACCCGUUUCUUCUUUCUCUCUCCUCUUUCCUUUUUCUUUGAUGGUUUUGUUGCUCCAGCUAUGGCAGUAAAACUCAUGACAGGUUACAACACAGCCAAAACUUUCACUUCCAUAGCCGAAGAAAAUGCUGUCCAAGAAGCUGCUUCGGGCUUAGAAAGCGUUGAGAAACUCAUCAAAUUACUCUCUGAAGCACGCCAUAAAUACCAAACCUCUUCAUCUUCAUCUUCCUUUUCACCUUCAAAUCCCAACAACAACAACAACACUUCCAUGGAAAUUGAAAGAGACUGCAAAGCCGUCGCUGACAUCGCUGUUUCCAAAUUCAAACGUGUUAUUUCACUUCUCGAAAAAACCAGAACCGGGCACGCUCGUUUCAGAAAAGCUCCUUUACCUCAAACUCAACCUUCUGAACGAACAAUCUUCAACGCUACACCUCUUCAACAGAUUCCACCACCACCACCACCAACAACAACAACAACACUUCACCGCGCUAUAAUCAAGAGAAACGACUCAUCGAAAACCCUUAACUUUUCAUACUCAUCCGCUGCUAAUUCAUUCAUUUCCUCACUCACCGGCGACACAGACAACAAACAGCAACCGUCAUCUUCGUCGCCGGCUGGAGCUUUUCAGAUCACGAAUCUUUCUCAUGUUUCAUCUAUUGGUAAGCCACCACUGUCUUCUUCUUCCAUGAAAAGAAAGUGUAGCUCUGAAACUCUGGGUUCUGGAAAGUGUGGUAGUUCAUCUAGCCGCUGUCAUUGUUCCAAAAAAAGUAGAAAAUUAAGAUUGAAGAGGGUUGUUAGGGUUCCUGCUAUCAGCUUGAAGAUGGCUGAUAUUCCACCAGAUGAUUACUCUUGGCGAAAAUAUGGACAGAAACCUAUUAAGGGUUCACCUCAUCCAAGAGGAUACUACAAGUGCAGUAGUGUGAGAGGUUGUCCAGCAAGAAAACAUGUAGAGAGAGCACUUGAUGAUGCAUCUAUGUUGGUGGUAACCUAUGAAGGAGAACACAAUCACUCACUUUCUGCAGCAGAUGCAACUAAUCUCAUUUUAGAGUCAUCUUAAUCUUAAUUUAAUGUUGUUACAGCAUUUUCAAAAUGGAAAUUGAUGGAUAUGGUUUGUAGAAUUAAUGCAGAUUUAGUGGUUGUUUAAUUUCCCGGUACAAAAGAGUCAAAGAUGGUGGUGGAUUUGGUAAACGGAUUUGAAUGUGAAAUUGAAUCUCAAAGUUAAACAAAAGAAAGUGGGAUUUAUUGCUUA